GGCAGAUGGCGGUAAUGAGUCGAAACGGUUUGACACAUCCUGAAAGGCGAUGCGGAACUUCUCGAAAUAAUAACAAGCACGAGACAAGACGCUGCUGAAUAGGAACAACAUCUGUUUCAUUAUGGGGGUUCGUGGUCUUACAAGUUAUGUGGAGGGAAACCAUAAUUUCUUCACAGAUAUGAGACUGAGAGAUUGCCGUCUUGUGAUUGAUGGAUGUAGCUUGUAUUUUCGCUUGUAUUUUAACUCUGGAUUGGAUCAAGCAAUGGGAGGAGACUACGACAUGUUUGCCAUGUUAGUUCAGCAGUUUUUUGCAGCGCUUGCCGAAUGCAACGUGCAUCCCUUCGUGGUGUUGGAUGGAGGAAUGGACCACAUGGACAAGAAGUUCAAGACCUUGCAAGAGAGAACUCAGAACAAGAUCCGGGAAGCCCACUCUCUUUCCCGAGGAUCCAAUGGUUCUGUUCUUCCUCUGCUUUCACGGGUUGUGUUCAUACAAGUGCUUUCCCAACUUGGCGUGCCGCUGGUGCAGUGCAUGACCGAGGCUGAUUUCGAGAUCGCCUCUUUGGCCAAACACUGGCACUGCCCUGUUUUGAGCAACGACAGCGACUUCUAUAUCUUUGACUUGCGUGGCGGCUAUCUGCCACUUUCAUUCUUUGAGUGGAAUAAUGUUAGUGGCAAGACCACGGAACGUUACAUUCCUGCCCGGCAUUUCACGGUGAACCGCUUUUGCUCGCAUUUUAACCGUUUGAAAAAGCAGCUUCUUCCUCUAUUUGCUGUGGUCGCUGGUAAUGACUACACACCUGACAAAAUUACAGAGGCAUUUUUCAUCCGCGCUGAGUUUCCAACGGGUCGAAUGUCAGGACGUGGUUCUGGUCCACGACUUGAGGGCUUUUUGCUCUGGCUGUCUCGAUUCACUACCCCUGUAGAUGCAAUGGAGGAAGUACUGGAGAUAUUGGGCGGGCAACAGAAAGGAAACAUACGUACGCAGCUCUCCAAUGGAAUACAGGACUACCAGCUUCCUCAAACUAGCAGUUUGGCUCAGUACUUUACAAGUCCCCAACCUGCACUACCCAACACUCAGGGGCUCAGCCGCUCAGCAGUGCUGGCUUCCCAACCCGAGUGGCUUUUAAGGGCGGUUGCAUUGGGUAAACUGCCCUCCUUAGUCUUGGAUGUGCUUGUACUUCAGAAGGUUUUGCUGAUAGCUCAGGUGGAAAACAGUCAGCUGCCCAGUAGUCAUUUGUCCUCUUUGAGUAUUCGGAAAACUAUCUACGGCCUGCUGCUCGACAAGUCAAGACAUAACGGUCAGAGGCAGCAGACUAUCACCCAGAGAGGAAGAGGGAGGGGAGGAGAUGAUCCAAACAGACAGUCUCAGAGUAGAGGACAACAGAAUGACAUCCAUUAUGUUGAAGAGUAUGACCGACAAGACCUCAAUCUGAAGAAAAACACAGUGGAGGUUCAUCUACCCAGUGUGCCACAGCUGAAUCUUACAAUGCUUGACAAGGUUCCCAAACAUGUAAGACUGCAGGUGUUGUUGGGAACACUGGGUGUGAUGGACCAUGUUUUACAGCCAGUACCUCUUCACCUGAGCCUUCCAGUGUGUGUGAUGUACUUCUGGAGAAAUAACGCAAAACCUAAGCCGAAUCUCCCACUGCUGCAGGCCAUGUUGUUGGGACUGGUGUAUGGUGAACUCAGCUGGAGAAUGGUUCAUCCUGAUGACCCACUGUAUGGCAGCAAAUCUGCUGCCACUGUGUGUCAGCAAUUAUCUCUGCUGAGGGUAAACCCAGGACAAAGGAGGGGCUUAGAUCUGGGUGUAGCCCAUUUGCUCUGCCAAUGGCAAUCCUGUAUGUUGGUGGGACUUUAUCUGAACCAGUUAUUGUGUUUUCCUCUACCUGAACCUCAAUCUGCAUGGGUCUUUAGUGGUACACUGCUGCAUGGCCUUGCGGCUGCCAUAAAAGGGGGUCAACGUCCUGAGACUCUUCUUGCCGGGGAUAGUUUUGCUCAGCAGCUCUACUCCAUCCUGCUGCAGGCGAUAGUGGGCCCUGCAAGUUUAGUAACACCAAGCAACAGUAAGGGAGGUGGGCAAAAACAGGCUCAACAAAGAGGGAGGGGCAAUGGGGAGAGAGGAGGGCCCAGAGGAGGGAGAGGAGGGGCCAGUGGAGGGAGAGGAGGGGCCAGUGGAGGGAUAGGUGGGCCCAGUGGAGGGAGAGGUGGGCCCAGUGGAGGGAGAGGAGAGCCCAAUGGAGGUAGAGGAGGGGCCAAUGGAGGGAGAAGGAGGGGCAGUGGACAAAGAGGGAGGGGCAGAGGCAUGAUCUAUGCAGACAACGAUUUUGGUAACAGAUUUUCACACUUAACAUUUGAGGAUGACUGUCAGGGGGCUUGGGCUUGACAACUGGAGAGGGUAUAGAUUGAUAGGGAAUAGAUGGAUAGAUGCUAGGGACGGGAGGUUUAAAAAGGAAAACAGAAUACGAGAUGAAAUUACACGCAGAUCUUUUUAACAAAUUUUGGGGUUUAUCCUUGCCUUUUAGCUUUUAAAAAAGCUUUGUUUCGGGUGACAGCACCGUUUACCUAAUUCAGCAUACUUGAAUGGAUAGUUCAUCUAAAAGUGCGAAAUCUUUCAUAAUUUACUUGUGUCAUUUUGUGUCAUACAUUUUCAGUUAUGGGACAUCUUUCACUACCAUAGUUAGAAAAAAAGAUUGAGUUCUCAGACACACCAUUUAAUUCUUCCUACUAUGGAAGUCAAUGAUAUCCUGGAAUUGAUAAUUACUAACACUCUUCCAAAUAUCUUUCUUUGUGUUCAUCAGAAAACAAAGUAAUUUAUACAGGUAUGAAAUUAGUGUUAGUAAAUGAUGACAGAAUUUAAAAUUUUCGACAAACUAUCCGUUUAAGCAACACAGAUGUUUUAUAUGGCAGCUAUCAUCUUGAGCUUGCUUGCACUAAGUUUUUACCUGCGCCGACGCUAUUUUGGAGCUAGAUUAUGAACAUUUACUGUAGCUUUUUUUAUACUAUUUAAUUGAAAGAAAUGAAAUGUCAACUCUGUAUAUUAUAGAAUGAUUGGCAAUUUUGGGACCAAUGCCUCUAUGUGAAUGAUUUUUUUAAAUAAUUUAUAUAAUGUUUUAUGGUAUACCGGUUUUCCUUGUUUCAGCAUGUAAAUUUGAUUUUCUUUCAUUAAGGGAUCUGAACAGAUAGCCUUGUUUCUUGUAAAGAUAUAACAUGCUUUAAGACAAUACCUAAUUGUGAUUUCCCUGUGGAAUGAAUUUACAAUGAAAUAAAGAGCCAAGUUGUCAACUUAA